AUGCAAUAUCCUCAAGCCAUAGAAUAUCCUCCCCGUAUCCAACAUGAUGAAAUUGAUGAAGAUGGUGUCACGCUGGAAAUGAAGGAAACUUGGGUUCUCCUGUGUCGUCUGUUGUAUCGCAUGAAGUACCAGGAAGACAUUCCAACAGAGGCUACAGGGCAGUCCUGGCAUGCUUUGAUAGCGAGGGCUCAGUUGGCGCAAGACAUGUGGAAAUCGCUGAGCCAUGAGGUGGCUUCUAGAGACUUUGCAGUAUAUCAAAAAAUGUCCAACAAGGUCGAUAGUUUAUGUCGGAGGGCCCAUCGCUUGGCGGAAGAGCGCCGAGCACAUGCUCCACCGGACCUUAUUGAUGAAAUAUUUUUCUCCAAUGAUAGCAAUGAUAGUGAUAGCGAUAGUGACGAUAGUAAGGAAGGCAUGCAGGAAGAACAGCAUACUGUCAAAAGUGCUUAUGCUUCAGAUGAAUCAAAAGACGAAGAAAAUGAAAGCAAUGAUCGUAGGAAUAAAAUGGCAACACCAACGCGGAACGACGCAAAGAAUACAACUCCAAUGACAAACGAAGCGUUGCAAAAGGCUCAGCGGGAGCAAAUGGAAGAAGCCAUUGCUCAAAUGGCACGUCAUAUGAAGGAAGCGACCAUGGGAAUUUCCAAUACGUUGCAGCAGCAAAACCAAAGCACCCUAAACGAACUGGAAACCGUUGCCGAGCAAAAUGCUCAAGACAUGUCAAAGGUGACAACAGAUGUCACGGAUCAUAAUCGAAGGCAAUGGAGAAAGAAUUUUUCGACUUGGUCUAUGAUGUUUUUAUUGGUUGGCAUUUUUGUCUUCACAAUGCUCAUGAUUUUCACAUUGCCGAAGCAUCCAACGGGGUCUCUAUUGGGAAAAAGAGGAAUGAUCCGAACAAGCGUUUCUUGGGCAUCCACAAAAUCCUUGCGCGUAGUACAGUGGGCCACAGAUAAGAGUGGUAUAAUGAAUGUUUUGGAAGGUGAUGAAUUACCUUCUUCAGGUGAACGUGUGCCUGAAGAUCUGUUUGAAGAAAGCGAGGCAGAACGUCGCCAAAAGGAAAAACUGGAUCAAAUCAUCGCAAGUCGGAAAGCUCGAGAUUUCCACGACAACUUUGGUGAUGAUUAUCCUGAUCACGAAGCAGAACAAGGCGGCAAGCCAAAGCAAAAGUCAACAAAGACAAAUAAAAACACAAAUGCCGGUAGUGAUGGAUACAUGGAAAGCAAAAUUACUGCUAGUGGUGACAUAGAAAAUGACGUAAAACAAGAUGAGGGGCCAGCAGAUGUAGACAUGGACGAAUUAAUUGCUUCAUUGAAUCGUCAGGCACAAAAAGCUCUGGAAGAGCAAAAGGCAGCGCAAAAGAAAGCAGAGGAAGCUGCCCGUAAAGCAAAAGAGGAAGAGGAAGCACGAGUUCGAGCCGAGGAAGCUGCGCUCCUCGCUAGGAAAGAACGAGAACGAAAGGAACGACAAGAAGCGGUUCGAAUAGCGAGGGAAGAAGUCGCCCGCAAAGAAAGGGAGGAAGAGGAGGCUAGAAUCCGAGCUGCGCAAGAAGAAGUAAAGCUCAGAGCUCAACAAGAGGAGGAAUUGAGGUUUGCAAGAGAAGAAGAGGAGGCAAAGCUCCGAGCCAAAGAAGAAGCAGAGCGCAAAGCUAGACAAGAACGAGAAGAGGAAUUGAGACGAGCGAGGGAAGCAGAAGAAGUUGCAGAAGCUGAGCGACUAGCUCAGAUGGAGCGGGAAGAAGCAUUGCAAAAGGCAAGAGAAGAAGAAGCCCGCAAAGCAAGAGAGGCGGAAGAUGCAAGAAUCCGGGCCGAAGAAGAGCGUCGAGUUCAGCUACAACGCGAGGAAGAAUUGAGACGAGCCUGGGAAGAAGAAGAGGCUCGAGCCCAAAGGGAAGCCGAGGAGGCCGCGAAUGCACAAGCCGAACGUUUUGCUCAGAUGGAAAAGGAACGCAUUGCUCGAGAAGAAGCCCUGAGAAAAUCGAAGGAAGAAGAGGUCAGAAAAAGGACCGAGGAGGCAGCCAAUGCACAGGCCGAUAGGUUUGCUCAAAUAGAGCGAGAACAAAUGAAACGGGAGGAAGCAUUCCAAAAGGCCCGUGAAGCAAGAGAACAAGAGGAAGCUCGGGUGCGAGCCGAAGAAGCAGCUGCAGCGGAGGCUGAACGAUUUUUGCAAGAGAAGCAACGCAUAGAGCGAGAAGAAGCUUUGAAAAUUGCUAGACAAGAAGCCGAGCGUCGCGCUCGUGAAGAAGAACGGGAACGAUUAGAGCGAGAGGCUGCCUGGAGACAAGCCAGAGGCGAGGCUUCUCGACAAGAAGAACGUGCUCAACAGAAUCCACACAAAAGUGAUGAACAUUUAGAAGAUCGACUUCAGCAGAUUCAUGAAAACACGGACCAUAAUCGGGUUGAGCAAGAAAAGCGAGCACGAAUGGAAGAUGCAAAGAGACACGACGAAGAUAUUGAUAUGGAAGAAUACGUUGAAAGGGGUCGCGAAAAACUCGAUGAGUAUUUGGGCCGUGAGGAGCGGCACGAUGAACUGUAG